GUAGGGAUCCAUGAAGUAACCGGAAAGCCCUGAAAACUUUGCCCUCCAAAGAUCUGGGCAGAAUGAGGCCGAUGACAAAGAUGCAAAUUUCUAAGAUACAAUGGAUCAUUCCUGCUUUGACUCCCACGGUGCUGCGAGUGUUUGUAUGCAUGCAUGCACAGCCGAGGCUGGUCACGCGAUGGUCCACUUCGCUUCUCGAGCGGGCGGUCCAGGAUCGAACUCGACAGGCCGCAGCUCUGCUAGAAUUCCUAGUCCUUUCAGGUAGGGCAGGCAGGAAGACUCGCGAGAUUCCCUUCCCUCCCUUCUGCAGCCUCCGCCACCUCAUUUUGCUGCUUGACCCGGUAAUGGCUAUGCCAUCCUACAGGUCGGGCAUCAUGGAAGACCAGGAGGCUGCCAGUGGCAUGCCAGACUUGGUCUAGGUCCAAUGUGCGUGGGGGCGGCCUCUCUGUGGCAUGGAUGAGAGCAUGGGUCGAUCGAUCGAUCGAUUGACCGACCGACUUCACUCUCCUGAGUCCUUUUCAAUGGAGAAAGUAUAGAAUGUUGCUGGCACGGUACUGCUGCUGGCGGGGGCAGGCGACCGUACUCGUCCUUGGAAGUACGAUGAUGGACCGACAUUCCAGCCGUUUUGUGGUCUACCCCUCCUCUUUUUUCUCUUUCGCGUCGCUACAACCAUGAGAUAGAACUUAUGAAAGCAGGCUGGUGAAAUCUGUUCUUAAAUGGGCUUUCAUUGAGGCCUGAUUGCAGCUGAUGUACAAACCCUCGUGUGCUGCCAUGUCUUUCCGUGGCCCUCUUACGUAAUGCAGUGAAUAUCGACAACGAGGUGAAUAGAAUCACGCAUGUUCGUCAUAAUAAUUGGAGCAAUUUCGGUUUGCCUGUUUACUUGGUCCUGCUGGUUCUGGAUUCAAAAGCAAACAUUCUUGAGGCACAUGACGCAUGCUCUCUUGGCGUCAAUGUGCCUUGGAAUUUCUUCAAAACGUUGGGUUCCAACGAACAGUGAUAUCUGCUAACGAGAUUUCAACGCCAUUGCCCUCCUUUCUGGUGAAACGGAGAAAAAAAUAUGGAGAAAUAAAGAUGGUGUGUCUCGUUGUGGUGAUCAGGCUAAUCGUGGAUGUUCAGUAAUGAAAGACACCCGGCAAGACAAUGUUCUGCUCUCUGCAUAGCUAAUCAGCACAUGUAUUUCUCGAGAACAUGGAUAACAGACUGGAAAAGCUCAUCUACUAAGAGUGCCCCGCUCUUUCCUGUUCUUGUGUCAAACGAUAUUAGACACCAGUUCACUAGCAUCUUCUUCUUUUCAUCUUAGAGACUUUUGGUUCUGCAGUAGCAUGGAUCGAAUUCAAAACGGAAUCGUAGUCUUCUUUCCUGGCCCUGUGAAACUACAAGUAACUUGAGGAGAGUUUUCAUGAAGGCUGUUCACUUUCGGCAGCAAUCAUGCAAAGUUUCGGG